GUGUUUCCUCCCUUCCAUCUUUCCUUUCUUCUUUCAUUUCUCGCUUGAGCCAGAGGUAUGGGCCUUCAUGUCUAACCUUUUGCUUCUUCUUUUUUGACCAGGACAUGAGAGUUCUCUGGAGCCACCCCUGCCGUGAUGGGAAAUUAACCAACUUGUAGUAGAUAUUAAGGUAUUCAGAAACCGAAGUGCAGUAAGGAAACCAGUCCUAUAUUCACUUUGGAUUAUAGAGUAGAACGGAAGAGUCAGAAGAGACUGCAUGAGGCACCCAGUCCAGGCCUCUGCCGUGCAGGAAAAGCGCAAAGUACCCCUGACAGAUGAGCAUCUGACCUCUGUUUAAAGGAUUCCAAAGGAGCCUCCACUACAUUUUGAGGCAGAGAGUUCCACUGCUGAACAGCUCUUACAGUCAGGAAGUCCUUCUUAAUGUUCAGAUGGAAUCUACUUUCCUCCAACUUUGAACCCACUGCUGUGAGUAAUCAGAAACAGAAAAACAAGAAUCAAGUGUCAAUAUUGGAAUUAAAUGUACAUAACACUGUUGACAUGGAGGAGAAAGCCUAUAACUGCCUGGAGUGUAGAAAAUGCUUUGCUCAUAGUUCAACUCUCCAUGCACAUCAAAGGACUCACACUGGGGAGAAACCCUAUAACUGCCUUCAGUGUGGACAGAGCUUCACUCAUAGUUCAAGUCUACGUAGACAUCAAAGGACUCACACUGGGGAGAAACCCUUUAAAUGCCUGGAGUGUGGACAGAGCUUCACUCAGAGUUCAGGUCUACGUUCACAUCAAAGGACUCACACUGGGGAGAAACCCUUUAAAUGCCUGGAGUGUGGACAGAGCUUCACGUAUAGUUCGUGCCUACGUAAACAUCAAAGGACUCACACUGGGGAGAAACCCUAUAAAUGCCUGGAGUGUGGACAAAGCUUUGCUGAUAGUUCAGGCCUACGUUCACAUCAAAGCAUUCAUACUGGGGAGAAACCCUUUAAAUGCCUGGAGUGUGGACAGAGCUUCACUCAAAGUUCAGGUCUACGUAGACAUCAAAGGACUCACACUGGGGAGAAACCCUAUAAAUGCCUGGAGUGUGGACAGAGCUUCACUCAUAGUUCAGGUCUACGUAGACAUCAAAGGACUCACACUGGGGAGAAACCCUUUAAAUGCCUGGAGUGUGAACAGAGCUUCACUCAGAGUUCAGGUCUACGUAGACAUCAAAGGACUCACACUGGGGAGAAACCCUUUAAAUGCCUGGAGUGUGAACAGAGCUUCACUCAGAGUUCAGGUCUACAUUCACAUCAAAGGACUCACACUGGGGAGAAACCCUUUAAAUGCCUGGAGUGUGGACAGAGCUUUGCUCGUAAUGGAAGUCUACAUUCACAUCAAAGAUCUCACACUGGGGAGAAACCCUAUAACUGCCUGGAGUGUGGACAAGGCUUUGCUGAUAGUUCAGGCCUACGUUCACAUCAAAGGAUUCACACUGGGGAGAAACCCUUUAAAUGCCUGGAGUGUGGACAGAGCUUCACUCAUAGUUCAGGCCUACGUCAACAUCAAUGGACUCACACUGGGAAGAAACCCUAUACAUGCCUGGAGUGUGGACAGAGCUUCAUGUAUAGUUCACAUCUACGUUCACAUCAAAGGACUCAUACUGGGGAGAAACCCUAUAAAUGCCUGGAGUGUGGACAGAGCUUCACGAAUAGUUCACAUCUACGUUCACAUCAAAGGAUUCACACUGGGGAGAAACCCUAUACAUGCCUGGAGUGUGGACAGAGCUUCACUCAGAAUUCAGGUCUUCAUGUACAUCAAAGGACUCACACUGGGGAGAAACCCUAUAAAUGCCUGGAGUGUGGACAGAGCUUCACGCAUAGUUCACAUCUACGUUCACAUCAUAGGAUUCACACUGGGGAGAAACCCUAUACAUGCCUGGAGUGUGGACAGAGUUUCGCUCGUAGUUCAGGCCUACGUUCACAUCAAAUGACUCAUACUGGGGAGAAACCCUAUACAUGCCUGGAGUGUGGACAGAGCUUCACUCGUAGUUCAGGCCUACGUUCACAACAAAGGACUCACACUGGGGAGAAACCCUAUACAUGCCUCGAAUGUGGACAGAGCUUUGCUCAUAGUUCAGUUCUACGUUCACAUCAAAGGACUCAUACUGGGGAGAAACCCUAUAAAUACCUGGAGUGUGGACAGAGCUUCACUAAUAGUUCCACAGUAUCUUUGCAUGCUCAUUUUCCAAUACUUUUGCAGGUUUGUGAUCCCACCAGUUCUUUAGUGCUGGGAGGUGGUACUUGAGGCAUAAGUUCCAAUGAAUCAUUUGGGCCACAUAGUUGUGCCUGUUUGUAGUCUGUCUGUACGAUUUUCUUACAGUAGCUGAGGAUAUGGUCAAUGGUUUCAUCGCUUUCCUUGCACAGUCUGCAUUUUAGGUCAUCAGCUGAUUUUUCGAUCUUGGCCUUAAUUGCAUUUGUUCUGAUGGCUUGCUCCUGGGCUGCAAGGAUCAGGCCUUCUAUGACUAACUUCCCUCUAUCAGCCUUGAUCAACCAGAUGGUCUCCUAAGGAUUCCUUCAAAGAUGUAGAGUGAUCCAUGACAGCUUGUUGAAUUGCAACUCCCAGAAAUUCUAUAGUAUUGAGUAGGCUUGCUCAAAAAAUUCUAUUUCUCCGGAUGUCGGAAGUGAUUUGUUUGUUUUGUCGCUUUUGAAGCGAUUUCCGACGCGGAUUAUCCCACCGUGUGGAUGCCGCGGUUUGAACCGCGAUAGCCUAUUUUUCUGAUCUCGUCGUAUGUUUGUUGGAAGCAAAGCAAGCACUUUUGCAAAUCGCCCAAACUUGCUUUGCUGCACUGAGGCAACCUAGCCUGUGGUUUCCUCCCUGUGGCCAAUCCGAAUGCACGUUGAACUUAGGGGAGGUGCUUGUACGUCCUCAAUGAAAAGAGCCUACAGGGCGCCUCGUGGCUCAUUCGCACAAGUGAUCUGGAGAGGGUGGUUGGGCUUAGCUCAGCAGUGUGGUUCCAGGCAAUAUUUUUCUGCUGUGUUGGAGCUUCUUUGCCUGGUGGCCGCUGGGCUUUGGGAUUAAGAAAUUAGAAUAGAGCAGAGAGAGCAUCCAAAGAACACUGGGGAAAGGGUUGGUUUUUGAGAAGACAGUGUUUGAAAAAGGGGCUGUGGGUUUUUUUCCCCCUCAGGCUUGGUGUCCACCCGUGAGGGCUGUUAUUUUCCUGCUGCACCAUAUUGUCUGGGUGUGGGGGGUGGCUUUUAGUUUUCUUUUAAUACUUUUUUGGAUAAGAAUAAAAGUAAGGAGCACUUAUUUCAGCACCUUUUUCGGGGUGUCUGGGGAAAACUUGUUGGAUUUUUUUAUAGGCCUUGUGUAAUUCCUUAACCAUUUGCAGUGUUGCAAAUACUGGAAUUCCCAUUUUCCCCAUAAUAAUACCUUAGGAUAAGUGGCUGAAUAUUUUUUUUUUGUUCUAUUUCCAACCCUGCUGGACUCCAAAGCAGUGCACCUCGUUUUGCAAAUUGUGGCGUAUACUAGAAUUCCCAUUAACCACAUAAGAAUACCUUGGGGAUAAGAGGCUGAAGAUUUUCCUUUGUUUGGUUCUCUUUCAAACCUUGCAGGUUUACUCAAAGCACUGCACCUCAUUUUGCAAAGUGUGGCAUAUUCUCGAAUUCCCAUUAACCCCAUAAGAAUACCUUGGAUAUAAAGGCCUGAAGAUUUUCUCUUGUUUGGUUCUAUUUCAAACCUUACAGGUCACCUCAAACCCCAGCAAACACCUUUGCUAAGUGGGGCAUAUACAGUAAAACCCUGCUGGUCCGAGCCCCUCUGGUCCAAGCCUCUGUGCAAUCCGAGCACCUGCCCGCUGGCUGGCUAGGUGUGCGUGUUGCUAGGUAGUUAGCAAGCUACCUAGCAACAUACAGUGGGCACCUUUCACGGGGCGAGCGCCUCGUGCAUAUUGCUAGGUAGCUUGCUAUCUACCUAGCAACAUGCACGGCUGGCUCCUUCGCCACGCUGGGCGCCGGUGCUGCCGGCCCCCGGUGUGACGAAGGAGCUGCGGCACGGGCGGGCGGGUGAACAGGGAGGGCUUUUGCGGCCCUCCCCCUUCACCCGCUCAAUGGCUGGCCCAAAUGCCCGCCGAAGGGAGAAGUUUCCUCUCCGAUGGGCGCUUGAACCCAGGGAAGCGCAAAGUCAAUGGUUGUGGGGCCGAGCAGGCGUCCCCCAGUGACACAAUCUGGGACCAGUCCUCCAGGAAUGAGUGGAGUCACUGCAAAACAGUGCCUCUAAGCCCCAUCCCCACGAGGCAACCACAUGUUUUAAGACCUUGCCCAAAUAGGGGAGAUUGGAAAUAGGCCGAAAGUUACAGAAUUGAGUGUCGUCCAGUGAUGGUUUCUUCAACAGCGGUUUGAUCACGGCUAUGUUUAGGCUCGCUGGAAACUUGCCAUCCCAGAGGGAGGUAUUCACCACCACUUUCACCCACUUGGCCAAACCGCCUCUGGCUUCUCUCACCAACCAGGAUGGGCAGGGGUCCAGGAUGCAUGUGGUUGGUCUCACCUCUCCAAGGGCCUUGUUCACAUCCUCGAGCUCAACCAAUUGGAAUGAACCCAUCAAAACUGGACAAGCAGAUGCUUGUGUUACAUCCUCAGAGACUGCCGUUAGUAUGCCGUUGAAGUUGGGGCGGAUCAGAGUGAAUUUGUCCGCAAAGAACUGAGCAAAUGCUUCACAACAGGCUGCCGAGUUAUCAGGGAUCCCACCUUGAGUGGUGGGAGUUAACAACCCUCUGAUAACACGGAACAGCGCCACCGGACGGUCCUUUGCGGACGCAAUGUUGGCCGCAAUGUAAGCUCUCCUUGCGUCUUUGAUUGCUGCGGCAUAUGUCCUGAGAUAGGAACAUAGUCGUGUUCAGUCUAACUUUCUGCGCUCUGAUCGCCAGACGCACUCUAGUUCCUUCUUUUGCUUCAUCGCUGCCAGCUCCUCGGUGAACCAAGGAGCUGGUUUAACUCGGUUACUCCCCCCACACACACACCUAUGAAGUUUGAUUGAAUUGUAUUGGUGGUUUUUUGAUAUUACUGUUGUAUUAAUUUUGUUUUAUUACCUUAUUGUGUUUUAACCUGUGUAUAUUGUGCUAAGGAGCCCUGUUGGCAAAGUGUGUUAAAGCGCUGAGCUGCAGAACUUGCCGACCGAAAGGUCCCAGGUUCAAACCCUGGGAGCGGCAGGAGCGGCCACUGUUAGCUCCAGCUUCUGCCAACCUAGCAGUUUGAAAACAUGCCAAUGUGAGUAGAUCAAUAGGUACCGCUCCGGCAGGAAGGUAACGGCGCUCCAUGCAGUCAUGCCCAUGGCCACAUGACCUUGGAGGUGUCUACGGACAAUGCCGGCUCUUUGGCUUAGAAAUGGAGAUGAGCACCAACCCCCAGAGUCAGACACGACUGGACUUAACGUCAGGGGAAACCUUUACCUUUUUAUAUUGUGCUAAUGUAUUUGUGUUGUUACUUUUGUAACAAUGUGAGCCGCUCCGAGUCUCCGCAGGGAGAUGGCGGCGGGGUAUAAAUAAAGUUUUAUUAUUAUUAUUAUUA